UCUCAAGUCUCAACGUUGAAAAUCAAAACUCCCCUCGCCUCGCUUUGACAGGCUGUUUCAUUCUUUAUCACAGCGAAUAUGUCAAAUUUCCACUAAAGCCCAAACACCUCCCCUCACCACCGUCGCACCGCGCCGUCAGUUUUUCAUUUCUCCAAUGACAAUACCGUAAUUUCUCCCACGCGCCCUCCCCAAGAAACGACCUCACCGGAGCCCAAUCCCUUUCUUCUUUCUCUAUCCCCAAACCUUUGGGUCUCAUAGAAAAACCAGAUCUACGAAGCCCCAUUCAGCAAAAAGAAAAAAGAAAAAAAGAGAAGACAUACUACAUCUCUCAAUCUCUCUCUGUAUUCUUCUCUCGAUCUCUUCGAUCCGAUAGGGUUCGAAUUCGGAGCUCGAAGCGAUGGGGGAUUUCAAUCUCGCUCUUAUAAUCGUCGCCAUAAUUGUGUGCGUCCUCGUCUUCAUCUUCAAUGUCUACCUCCUUGUCAACUACCAGCACCCCGACGACGCGAACCAGGCCUAUUUCCCCAAAUUCGUCGUAGUAUUGGGGCUAUCCGUCGCCGCGAUCUCGAUACUGAUGCUUCCGGCCGACGUGGCCAACCGGCAGGCGUGCCAGCAUGCGAUAUACAAUGGCGCGUGUAAUCUCACCCUCCCGAUGAAGGAUCUAUGGCUUGCCAUCUAUAUCCUCGACGCCGUGCUUGUUUUCUUCGUUAUCCCCUUCGCCAUGUUCUACUACGAAGGGGACCAGGACAAGAGUGUUGGUAAGAGGAUCAAAAGCGCGUUGCUAUGGGUAGGGACGACGGCGAUCGUGUGCGGUCUCGUGCUCGGCAUUUUAUACGGGAUAAUUGGAAAGGUGGACUUCAAUGUUAUGCACCUAUCUUCAUCCACAACUAACUUCCCUAGUACGUGGGACUUCAAUAGUGGACAACAGUGUAUUGGAGGCACACACCAGUGCUCUGCAUAUUCUGCAAGCGCUUCUUCGGAGAAAACAUGGACUAUGCGCACUACCUUUCCGGAAUACGUCGUUGCUCUUGCUACCAUUGUUGGAUCCGUACUUUUCGCCAUAUUUGGUGGUGUUGGUAUUGCUUGUCUGCCAUUGGGACUUAUAUUUUCAUUCGUCCGGCGUCCAAAGGCUGUUAUUACUCGCUCACAGUACAUCAAGGAAGCGACGGAACUAGGUAAAAAGGCGAGAGAAUUGAAGAAAGCAGCUGAUGCGCUUCAUCAAGAGGAAAGAAGUGGUUCUAAGGGUCGAAAGUGGCGUAAAAAUGUGAAGGCUGUGGGAAAGGAGUUGCUCCAGUUGGAAGAAGAUGUAAAGCUUCUGGAAGAGAUGUACCCUCAAGGAGAAAAGGCUGAGACUGCUUGGGCUUUGACCGUUCUUGGGUACUUGGCAAAAUUUGUGUUGGGAAUUUUAGGGUUGAUUGUUUCAGUGGCUUGGGUUGCACAUAUUGUCAUUUAUCUGUUGAUUAACCCGCCUCUUUCUCCUUUUCUGAAUGAGGUUUUCAUCAAGCUGGACAAUAUCUGGGGUCUUCUGGGUACCGCAGCAUUUGCAUUCUUCUGCUUUUACCUUCUGCUUGCAGUCAUUGCUGGAGCAAUGAUGCUUGGUCUCAGAUUAGUUUUCGUUACAAUUCACCCCAUGAAGUGGGGAGCCACUCUUAUGAACUCUUUUCUAUUUAAUGUUGCUCUUAUUCUCCUUUGCUCCAUCAGUGUGAUUCAAUUCUGCUCCACUGCAUUUGCAUACUAUGCUCAAGCGACUGCAGCACAGGAAAUAUUUGGCCACACGCUACAAUCUCUUCGUGGAAUUAAAUAUUUGUACAAGUACAACGUGUUUCAAAUUGCAUUUGUCACUCUGGCGGGAUUGACCUUUGUGUAUUAUGCUGCCUUUGGAUGGAGAAGAAAAAAACCGAGUGGCAGGUUCCAACUUUCUAGUUAAGGUAUGCUUGCCUAGAAAAGCUUGCACCCACCUGGAGGGCAUCAGAAUUCUCAGUUUCAUUCUCUCUUUUGGAGUCAUUUUCAUGGAGGAUGUGUAUGGCCUAGUUUUGUUCUACGUUGAAAGGUCAGAUUUGAAAGGUCAGAGAAGUGCGCAGUUAUCAUCUGAGUUGAUUUGGGUUACUGCGGCGAGAGGGGCAGGGUGAGUGCUGCUGAUGCGGCUAUUGUUUCUGGUUGUUUCCCCCCUUUUGUAUGUAUUAUUCCUUUGUUGUACUUGUUUUAUACAUUGGCUUGGGCAUGUAAGUGUGAUAUCCUCUGCAAUUUGGGAACUGGGUUUUGAGAACUAUUCUUGAUGUAAUAUAGCCAUUGAGCAGAAAAAAAGUUGUUUGAGCAUAUCCA